AUGCCAAGCGCCGUCGCCUGCACACAUCAUGCAAACGCUCCAAAUAACCACCACCUCGACUUCCUCCAGUUUCAAAGGGCCAAGCAGCUUGAAAGAGCACCGAAGCCCGCGCCGCUCUCGGCCGAGCAGCAUGCCGCGAACCGGGAGUGUCUCAGCACCGUCCGAUUCGUGAAGCCCAAGUACUCCGCUGAAACAGAGAUCAACGUCUCCGGCAUCUUUGGAAGAUGGAAACGAUACUGCAUUGAGAAGAAGGUCGGCGACUGGCGAGCGACGAUUGUUAAUCUGACCCGUGCCACUACGAUGGACUUUUUUCUCUUCGUCUGCGGAAACUACAAGGUCCGGUCGUGGGGGCGUUACAUGGAUAGAAAUGAUGCCAAGGAAGUCUACAAGUACCACCGCAAUAUUCUGAUACCUCGCUUCAGUCUCCGACCGCCGAAUAUCGACGGCAAGCCAGUCCUCAAUGUCGAUAGUCUCCGCGUCAUCCUCACCUUCAACAUUGCGUACGACACGAGCGCAUUCAGCCUUGGGCGUCAUCGAAUCCAGUUGGCCGGCUGCUACCAGCUCCUGUGUUACACUGGGGCGCGACCUUCAGAGUUGGUGGACAACGAGAGAAAAGACCCGAAAGACGGCUCCAGAGAAUUACUCUUUGGCCAGAAGCUCAUACAGGAAGUGGAGAGCGAUGGUAGCUCGGAUCAGACGCUAGACAAGCAGUCCAAGGAGCUCAACAAGAUGCUCCUACGAGAGACAGUCAAGAGAGGCCGUCCUAAAGCUCUCUGCUAUGAGGACAUUCUUUUGAUGCUUGUGCGGCACCCUGCUACGGGGAAGCCUGUACUGGCCAUGGCCAUCAAAUUUGUCCACCACAAAGGAGCAGACAACAAGCCGAAGCCGACAAUCUUUUUCUUCACGCCCACAAGGAAGCUAAUAUUUGACGCGAUCAUGGUCAUCGUGGCAUUGGCCCUACAUGACCAUGCGUUCGAUGCGGCUUGCCUAACCGAUGCGUAUAGCCUCCUGUCGAGGAAUGUUUGGGGUCCCCGAGAUUGCAUGCCAAUCCGCUGGAAGAAAGGGAAAUUGAAAGUCCCCGUUUUUCGCCGCAUCAACGGUGCGACGCUGUCUGAAGACGAGGCGAUGCUCUACUCUAAGCUGAAUUAUGACAUGGGCCGACAGAGCCUCGAAUCCGGCCACGAGAAGGCUUGGAAGGCUUGGACGCCUAGAUUUUGCUCGGAGAGGUGCUUCGAACGCCGCAAAUGUGCGUAUCUGAACGAGAUUGCCAACUUCGAUCUCCAGAAUGCCUUCUUGGAGGAGGAAAAGCAAAGCCAAUUGUUCCGCAUGUUUGCACAUGUAAGCUUGACCCGCGACCCUCGUGCCGUAAGGGAUAUGGUCCCUGAGAAGGUAUGGGCGAAUCAGCCGCCUGACCCUGAUAUUCUGAUGUGGGAGGAGGAGCGUGCGAUGCUUAAGCAGGGACGGUAUCGAAUUGCUGGUAGUGAGCAUGAAGACAGAAUUCGAGUACUCACAGACGACAUCAGAAAUAAGAGGACACAGAACGAAAGGAGGGUUGUGAAAGAAUAUCGCGAAUACUAUUUCUACAACCGUCCCACUUGGGACAUUGAGGCCCAAGCCCGUGGGGAGGUGGAAGAGGAAUAUGAGCAGCCCGCAAUGGACCUCGUCAUACCGGAACGGGCAAGAUUAGCCAACAUUCUGUGUCUGCAACCUGACGACUGGACGGAAACGGAGCUGUUCCAACGCAGAGUUGAGGCCAUCGACUUGAUGGUGGCUUUAUGCGAUAAGAAGGAAACUGGCAGAACAAGCCGCACGCAACGCCCAGCCAUGGUCGAGACUUUGGUCGAGCAAGAGUCACCUGAAAGCGACACAUUAGUUGAGCCGAAUCUUGAGCCAGACCCUUUCCCACUUCUUAUGGAGGCAACACAGUGCCCAGACUGCAUUGGUGACGAGCAGCUGUCGGUUGAGGCGCGAAAUUUCAAGUGGUGCCGUCCGCCAGUACUCAACGACCACUUUGACGACGCGCACUUGGCCCCCCGAGAGUCAGCUGCGCAGCGUGGUGAGGCAAUUUGGUGCGGCCAUCCGAGAUGCAGACACGAGAAGUUUGUCCAUGUGGAUCAUUUCCGAAGCCACGUUGAACAAGUCCAUGGGGUAAGUCUCAGGACAUCGGACCAGGUCGCAAAGAGGAGGCAACGACAGGCAGAGCGACGUGAAAAGAAAUGUCGAGGACGGCAGCAGAAGAAGGCCGCCGCAAAGGCCGCCGCGAAGACCUGA